AGUAGUAUCAAUCAAGUGAGAGAAACAAAAAAGAUCACUUUAGAUUUUGUAUCUCCAUCACCAAUACUCUCUUUGUUUUCUUUCUCCUUCAAUUUCUUUCUUUUUCUCACACACCUUACUGUGUGUCAUAAAAACCCAAAAUAAAAAAAAAAAAAAAAAUUAAAAUGAUAGCAUAUUUAGAACAACAACAUUUCCUUCAACAAGAAGUAGUAGAAAAAGAAGAAGAAAUAUUAACCCCACAAUCAAUGAACAUUCAAGGCACAAUUGAUUACCGUUCACCCACAACGUUAUACGCCGCCACCGAUUUCGGCGGUUUAAAUUCUUCACAACCUUACGCCGUCGUUAAACCGUCAAACACCCACGAUAUCGCCACCGUGAUUAAAUUCGCUUCAAAUUCGCAAACGUUAACUGUUGCUGCACGUGGUAACGGUCAUUCAAUUAACGGUCAAGCUAUGGCACAUAACGGAAUCGUUAUCGAUAUGAAAAAAGAUUACGACGAAAAAGAUGGAAAUAACGGUGUUUUGAUGGAUAACGGUGGGAUAACGGUGGUGGAUGUGAGCGGUGGGGAGUUAUGGGAAGAUGUGUUGAAAAGGUGUGUGAUGAAAAUGGGUUUGGCGCCAAGGUCAUGGACGGAUUAUUUGGGGUUAACGGUUGGUGGGACGUUAAGUAACGGAGGUGUGAGUGGACAGACGUUUCGGUUUGGGCCGCAAACGGAAAAUGUAACGGAGUUGGAAGUUGUUACUGGAAAUGGGGAUGUUGUUUGUUGUUCACGUGAUCAAAAUUCUCAACUUUUUUUUGGUGUUCUUGGUGGGUUGGGUCAGUUUGGGAUUAUUACUCGGGCCCGGGUUAUCGUUCAACCCGCACCCGAUAUGGUGAGAUGGAUAAGGGUGGUGUAUAGCGAGUUCAGUGAGUUCACUCGGGAUGCUGAAUGGCUGAUAACUCGGGAAGAAGGCGAGUCGUUUGAUUACGUGGAAGGAUUUGUGUUUGUAAACAGUGAUGACCCGGUUAAUGGGUGGCCAUCUGUUGUACUUGACCCGAAUCAAGUUUAUGACCCGACCCUAUCCCGCAACUCGGUUUUGUAUUGCAUAGAAGUCGCUUUACAUUACAGCAAAGGAAACUGCUCCUCAACAGUUGAUUCAAAAGUAGAGAAGCUGCUUGGACGAUUAAGGUUUAUGGAAGAUACAUUGUUUCAAAUGGACGUUGGCUAUAUGGAUUUCUUGUUACGUGUAAAGCAAGCGGAAAAAGAAGCCAAAGCUAAUGGCAUAUGGGACGCCCCACACCCGUGGCUCAACCUCUUUGUGUCCAAAUCGUCGAUUGCAGAUUUUGAUCGGUCUAUUUUCAAGAAGAUUUUGAAGGAUGGUAUUGGUGGACCUAUGCUAGUCUAUCCUAUUCUGCGAAGCAAGUGGGACGAACGCACAUCAGUAGUUUUACCCGACGGGGAUAUCUUUUACAUCGUGGCAUUGCUUCGUUUUACAAACCCGUAUCAAAAGAAUUCUCCAAGUGUUAGAGAUUUAGUCUUGCAAAAUCACGAAAUACUCCAAAUUUGUGCUAGAAAUGGGCUCGAUUUUAAGUUGUAUCUUCCUCAUUACAACACAGAAGAAGGGUGGAAGCAACAUUUUGGUGAUCGAUGGUCGUGGUUUGUGGAAUUGAAGUCAAGAUACGAUCCGAUGGCUAUUCUUGCACCGGGACAAAAGAUUUUCGAACGACAAUAGUCUUGAUGAGUGAUCAUUUUGGGUUGAAGUUGUUGUAGGCUUUUGUACAAUUAUUUUGUUUCUUACAAAGUUUUAUAAUUCAA